AUGGUUGCACAGAAAAUUUGGGCGUUGAUGUUGGCCGGGCUGUUAAUCGCAUCUUCCGCCAAUGCUGGACCCAUCGCUGCUGGAAUUUGCUAUGCUGGAUGUGCUGCCGUGACGGUUGCAUGCUUCGCUGCCGCCGGGUUUACGUUUGGCACCGUCCCUGGAGCGGUGAUUGCUGCUACACCCGCGUUAGCAGCAUGCAAUGCAGCAUUUGGGAUUUGUGAAGCAAGCUGUGUCGCAGCAUUAAUUGUACCUACACCGUAA